AUGUUCACCAACUUUGCGUGGUUUCUAAUCCUCGAGAAAUGCCGACUCAAGACGCUUCUACUAUCCAUCGAGACACCAUUUAUGGGACCAGACGAACUUGAAGAAUACUACCACAAAGCUUAUCUCAGGAAGCAUCACUAUGAGGUAUACUUGUUAAGCCAAGAAGCAACCUAUCUUAGCGGCCAUUUGAAUCGCAUGUUGAUGCCUCUGGCAGCUAUCGACUUGAUCAUCCACGGCGCGGUCCAAAGUAUCAGCAUGAGGGUGUCUGUGUCAAGAAAAGACCCUGUGCUUCGAAGAAAUCAAGCGUGGUCACCCUGGCCAAAACGUUUCUUCGCGAUAAGUGACAAGGAGGUCCUCAGGAUUGAAGCUGCUUGGAGCAAGUACUUUCACAUCAAAAGAGACGCAUAUGGUACUUCAGAUGCUGAGGUACAAGGUCCUGCACGGCUGUUUCUUGGAGAUCCGGGUUUCAUCUAUUAUUCGCUUGAGAUGAAGCAUGCACCGAUUGAGGAAGAUGUGUCUUCUUUGGAUGAGGGAGAAAACUUGACGGGAAUGGGCCCCGAGGGGUCAUCUUGA